GGCAGUACGCAUGCGCCGCGUCGGCGUGCGUCACUAAGCGGUUUCUUGGCGCCACUACGCGCGGGAAGAUGGCGGAGCCGGUUACCAAGUCCGUGCUGUUUGUGUGUCUGGGUAACAUUUGUCGAUCACCCAUUGCAGAAGCAGUUUUCAGGAAACUUGUAACUGAUCAAAACAUCUCAGAGAACUGGAGGGUAGACAGCGCGGCAACUUCCGGGUAUGAGAUAGGGAACCCCCCUGACUACCGAGGGCAGAACUGCAUGAAGAGGCACGGCAUUCCCAUGAGCCACGUUGCCCGGCAGGUACCGUCCUUGGACUUGAAGUUGUGUGUUUUGUGUUUCAGUGGGUCAUUGACAGUGGUGCUGUUUCUGACUGGAACGUGGGCCGGUCCCCAGACCCAAGAGCUGUGAGCUGCCUAAGAAAUCAUGGCAUUCACACAGCCCAUAAAGCAAGACAGUAAACUGCAUUGAUUUGUGUACACAGAUUGUGAGUACAACCCUGACGUCCCAUAGCAGCCCUCUCCCUACUCCUUCAGUGGUCCCCACAAAAAAAUUUGUUCUACUUUUUAACUUCACAGAAGUGGAAUUAUAGUACAUACUGUUGUCUGUCAGCUUUUUUUUUUUCUUGUGAGAAUCUCUGUGUUGAUUGUAGCAAUAUGAUUGUCAUUGCUGGAUACUGUAUCAUUUCUCAGUUGGUCCGUUGUACUCUUAGUCGGGGUCUGGGUGGUUUCUAGUUUGGGGCUACUGCAGAUAGUGCUGCUGUGGGUCACGGUGCACACCUGCGUGUGGUUCUGUUGGAGUCACGCCCAGCAGACACAGUGUAGCCGGGUGCACAGCCUCAUAAAAUACAUUGGGGAUGUUCCCUCUUUUUUUCUCUAAAAAAGUGGUUGAAGAUUGAUAGUAUUUCUGCUUAUCGUUUGAAAAAUUAAUCUAAUGGGUUGUCUUUUUGUUGUCUGUUAUUUCCUCUGGCAGUGUUUCAGUUUUUCUUUCGGUAUUUAGUUUUCAGUAGUUUCGGUGUGGUAGGCCAGAUACGAUCCCGAAGUUGUGGCUUGAUGUUUUUCAUCAAUUUUGGAAAAUCCCCGGUUGUUAUCUUUUCAUAUUGUACUUUUCUUUCUCCUUUCUCCUGAGAUUCGCCUAACGUGUAUAGUGAACAUAUAUGUCUUAUACUGUUUUAUUUUUUAUCCUUUUUACUCUUCUUCAGUCUGACAUUUUCUGCUGACCUGUUUUCUGAUAUAUGAGUCUUUCUGCUGUUUUCAAACAUAAAGAUUGUCUGUUAUUUACUUAAUUCUUUAAGUUUUGUUCUUUUUUCUUUUUGUAGAUUCUAGUUUUCUGGUGAAAUUCUACAUCAUGCUCUAUGUUUUCUUGAACAUACUUUCAUAGCUGCUUCAUAUACAGUGGCAGAUCUCAUUACGGACUGUUCGUGAGUCUGCUUUCCUUUUCUGUUUUUUUUUCUCUGUUUUGUUGUUUAUCUUUGUCUGUUUGCGCUGCUCUAACAGUACCUGAGACUGGAUAAUUUCCAACAAACAGGGAUUUAUUUCUUAGAGUUGGGCUGUGAAGUCAAAGUCAAGGGGCUCAAGGGGCUGUGAGGUCCUUCUUGCCGCAUCAUCCUGUGGGAGAAAGUGGGGGAGUCAAGAGAGUGCCCCAGAGUGGGCAAGAGCAAGAGCUAGAAAAACAGGAGAGGGACACAGGAGAGAGAAAGGAUCCAUCACUGUCAGGAGCCCACUCCCAAGACAGUGGCAUUAAUCUUAAAGGUCCUGCCUCUCACUGCCAUUGCACUGGGGGUGAAGUUUCCAACACAGAAACUUUGGGGGGCACAUCCAAACCAUAACAUAAAGAGUUAAAGAGUUCUGCUACUGAGUCAUUUGAGAUCUCUGUUCUGAGGCCUCGUCAGUGCCCAGUUUUAGCGGGAAGAGAAGUGGCAGGUGGCAGGAGUCUGCAGAUUGUGGCCUGUACCUUUUUUGUGAAGUGUUUACUGGAACACAGCCAGACUUUUUAGUUCACCUGUAGUGUGUGGCUGCUUUUAUGCUAGAGCAGCAGAGCUAGAGAGGCUGUGUGGCCCACAAAGCCUGAUUGUCACUGGAGCACUCUGAUGGUUUUGGAGGGGCUUUGGUGAUUUAUAUGGGGUUUCUAGUUGUUUUUCAUAGUAGGAAUGAUUUGCCACAAGCUGGUUCAUUUACAGUUGCAAGUGGAAAUCCACUACUGUGUAUUUGUUACUUAAAUUAUAGCUGUUUCUUUUCCUUCUCAAUUAUUGUAACAUCUAAAAAUCAUGUAACAGUCACUGUCUUUUUUUUUUUUUUUUUAUGAAAAACUUACAAUUAGUCCAGAAUUUAGAACGAGUUUAGUAUUAAAUCCUAGAGCAUUUCUCACAUAACUUAAUUUGGAGAAAUAACAUAACACUGUCCAGGCAUGGUGGGCCACACUCACAAUCCUAGUAACACUUUCGGAGGCUCAACAUUGCUUGAGCCUGAGAGGUCAAGACCAGCCGGGACACCAUAGUGAGACCCAUCUCUAUGAAAAAAAAGUUAAAAAAUUAGCUGGGUGCUGUAACAUGUGCCUGUAGUCUUAGCUAUUUGGGAGGCCAAGGUAGGAGGAUGGCUUGAACUCAAGAGAUUGAGACUGCAGUGAGCCGUGAUCUUGCCACCACACUCCAGUCUUGGUGACAGAGUGAGACCUUUUCUCUAAAAACAAAAAAGAGAGAAAAGUCAGUAUGACACUCAUUCUAGAUUUUGAAAUAAGUGAGUGUCUUGGGAGGGUUGACAAAGUACAGCCCAUUUUGUGAUUGGAAGUGCAUACUAAAUCCAAAGCUUCUCAUUGUUUAAAAGAACAAGUUUAUUAGGAAAC